CUUGCACUACAAUUUGUUGCGAUGAUCAAGAACUUAUAAAGUUACUUAACAAACUUGAAAAAAACUUUUUUAAUUUAAAGCAAGCUAAAAGCUCGCCUGAAUUCAAUAAUAUUUACAUUAUAGAUUCUAGAAAUAUUUCAUAUAAUGAUAUUAAUCUUUUAAAAAAGUUUAGAGUGUCUUACAAUGGUAAGUUUUACAAUAGGAAAAAAAAAAUUAUAGAUAGUAUUACAAAUAUUUGUGAACAUCUUAAAUAUCAACAAAUACCACGACAUCGACAUAUUCUAGUAGAAAAAAGUCUAAAAUUUAUUUGUCAAGUUUUUGUCUUUAUUAAUGAUUUUAAUUUUUUUAAAAAAAAAAGGAUCAUUGGAUAUUUUAAUUUUUUUAACAGAUUACAAUAUCAAAAAUAUAAAUUUACAGCAUUAUUUUCAAAUGAAAAUUUUGCAGAAAUGAUCACUUUAAUCAAAAAAGUACUCUAUCAAGACCACUAUUUUAAUUAUGUUAAAAAGGUUGACCUAAAAAAAAGCUUUAAAAGUUUAAGCGUUAAUAUUACAUAUAUAAUCAAUCAUUUAAAAUUCUACACUGAUUAUUUAAAUGAGUAUGAAAAAAUCUAUAUGAAAUAUAUUUAA